CAUGCCUAAGUGCUGCCAUUUCCUUGUUAGCAUUUCACCUGGCAGCCAUCUUAAAGCUGAAAGAAGAACGACAAGGACCUUUGGCAUGUAAAAAGGCAAAGGGAAGUGUCUGCGCGUGAGUUACCCAGCUACAUUCCUAGGCCCGUCACGAGUCUCUUUCGAACAACAGAUCCAGAGCCGUGCUAAGGAGCGAGAAAAAAUGGAACGAAGAGCAGUGAAAAGAAAGGCCUCAGUCAUGAGCGGCAUACCAAAUAAAAGGAUCUGCCAAAGAAAUGGUGAUGAAAGGGAGAAGCCUACAUGCUCCAAGCCUUCGACAUCGCUGAUGCUGAUCAUCAGAGCUCAGGAUUCCUACAUGAAAGAGGCUUCAGGCUUAUACCAGUUUAUCAACACAUGUGUCCCAGACACAUUAUUGGCUUCCUUUCAUAUUCUUUACGCCAAACAUUUACAUAUAAGUGCCCUUCUAGUAUCAAAUGACUUUUUUAGAGUACUCAUGGAUACUUUAAACCUAGAAAAGUAUACUUAUGCUCGAGCUCUUUGGAUUAGACAGCUGGAGGAUUUUAAUAAACGUGAUCGUUUCAGCAAAAUUAAAGACCAUUUCCCAAUCAUUGAUAAACUGGUAUGUGCUAAAGUUGAUUAUCAUCAGGAAACUCCUUGCGGCCAUCCCAUAUAUGAAAAAACACUGACCAAAUUUCGGUCAUUUGGGGACCUGAGGGCUUUGGGCCGUCUAUCCGAUCCAUCUCUUAUUCUGGUGCAUCGAGAUGUUCACGAUCCUCGCUAUGAUGCUUGUAUGCAUUAUCGUCUGCCCUGGGCUGUUCUAGAUGACAACAAAAGGUAACUUUACAAAUCCAUCAAAAAGUCAUAUUAUACUGUAGACAUGGGGGUAUUUCAGAAAGCUUUAAGUAUAGCCACUACAUGAGAAGGUGUGGGUACGAUCGUUCAUAGCUGCUAUGAGUGAAAACAGAAGCUACCAAGGACAUUCCACAACAACAAAUGUAAAUAUUGACUAUUAAAACUAUGAUUUCUUGUUAUUUAAUAGACACAUAAAUAAAUCGCUGCACAAUUGCUGUGCUAUAAGAAUAACAAAGGACUCUUUGGGAUGUGCUGUUAUUAAAGCAAAAAGCCAAGAAAGGGAAUGCCUUAUGGUGAAUUGAUCAAAAUGGUCUUGAGGUCUAACCCUGUUGGGCCAUAAAUGCCAUAAAUGUAAAUUGGUAUUCUUAAAAUGCAUGCCCUUGAGUCCUUAUAGCAGUUGUGUUGUGUAUUUAUUGUAUCAUGUAUUUAUUGUCAUUGUUCUGAUUCUACAACUUUCAGAGUGUGACAUUUUGCACUACAUGUCUGGUACUUCACUGUCACUAUCUGUAGUGUUGCACUGUAAGCACUGCAUGAGAAUGCUAUUUCAAUCUACUGCAUACUUGUGUACAGUGAGAAUGAUAAUAAAGCUUUAUCUCUUUCUAAGUCUUUCUGCACACACACCCACACACACACACACACACACACACACACACACACACACACACACACACACACACACAAAUCAUCACAAUCAACAACUGGUACUCACCACAUUUACAUAAUAAUAAUAUAAUAAAAUUUGUUCAUUUUGUGUGUUUCAUUUUUUUUUUCCGUGGAACUUGAUUUUUUGUCUUCUCUUCAAAGUGUUUGAAAUUACUAAUAUUAUCUAGCAGCUGGCUAGUUAAACAACUAGCUUAGCCAUCGAAGUAAGCCACAUAAUGGAUAAACUGCAAAGAACUCCCUCCUGAGUGAUUGCUAUAAUAUUUUAGAGCAGAACAAGAAAGGACUUUGGUACAAAACUAUUAAAGUUGUUUACACUGUAAAUCUUUGGUAUAAAGUUUGAAAGAUGUCAAAUAAAGAUCGCUGGAGAAUAGUAUAGGCAAAUAGUAUAGAGCUUCAGGUGCAUGCUGGAAAGUGCAUGUGAGUUCAUGAGGCCAGGCUGUUACUUCUAGCUGUCUACUUCUACUUCUAGCUAUAAAAAAAACAAAAACAAUAUGACUUACAAUGCCAGGACGUGGUGGGCUCCCUAUGUUUGUGGUAUCAUCAGAACUGGUGUGAUGAUCUUGACGUGGAUGUCAGGGGUCUGGCAGCUUUCAUAAUAUUUGCCUGGAAAAAAACAUUAGAGAGAGGUUUACUUUGUAUGGUCCAUAUCACUAAUUGGUUUUGACAGGUCUAGAUCAAAGGUCAUCAUCAAUUAUAAUUAUGUUGAGAGUUAUAUACCAAAGAUAAUAUUACAUAUGGUCUACACUUAUGUCAUUAUCUUAACAGUUGUCAUUAAAGGUCAUCACCAACCGUCAUUAUCUUAACAGGUGAACGUAAAAAAUGGAUAAUGGUUUAUAUAAUAAAGGUUUGUUGUAAUCUGUUACGUUCCCACACACACAUAUACAUACACACACGUGCACACACGUUUCGUGUAUCUGCUGUUAGAAAAUACAUGAUGGUUGAAUGUGAACAUAAAUGAACAGAAUGUAAGUUUGUGAAGUAAAUGAAACAUUUGUUGAUUACAUUAUUGAGAAAAUGACGUGACUGAAUAAAAUUUACUGAAAUAAAUACUUUAAAAACAUCGAAAUGUAAAAAAAAAAAAAAAAAAUGUUUUUACAUACCUUCUAAAUAGGGUCCCUUUAGGAGGUAAACGUUUAAAGAUGGUGCUUUAUAAGAAUCGCGCGUAUUACAUGUCUUCUAAACAUAACCCUUUAGGAGGUAACAUGUUUAAAAGUGCUGUUUAAAAGAAUCAAGCGUUUUGUUUAAACUAGAAGACAAGUUUGUCGAGAGAUGUCUUGGAUACACAGAACUGAUGGUAAAUACAGAAGAUCAUGCCUACACACCGCCCUCCACAUGUGUUUCCCCCGCUGACAGUUCUGUAGAUAGUGUAAAUUUAUGAGCUCUGGUGACAGUGUCUGAAGUGUGUGUGUAUGUGUGUGUGUGUGUGUGUGUGUGUGUGUGUGAGAGGGAGAGAGAAAUAGGGUCAUGUGUUUCCUGGGGGUUUGCUGACCAUAAUGCUCACAGUGUGUUUAUGUUAAUGAAUUAAGGGAUGAGUCGUGUGUUUCAGUGUUUUAUGACCUCUUCCGAUGUGUACAUUUGUGGUUUAAGUGAAUCUUUGUUUCUGAAAUGACUUUUGUGGUAAGUAUCAGUUUAUGUAACUAAUCUAUCAGAAAAUACUAGACCUGGUGACUGAAUGUGGUAGAUGUAUUAGACUUGUGGACGUUUUAUGUGUGUGUUGCUACCUAUGUGUAUGAUUUGUGUAAUCCUUCUGUCAAGAAAUGAACAGACUGAGGUUUGUGAAAUAAUUGAAACAUUUAUUGGCUACGUUGUUGAGAAAAACACUGCGAUGUGUAAAACAUUUCUACAGUCUUUCAAGGCAGUAUGGGGACGUUGUUCUCUUUUACUGAAAUAAAGACUAAAACCA